AUGGCUUCAAAUAACGGCACUCUCUCCGAUCCUCAGGAGUAUCAAAAGAUAUUCCACUGGGCAGAAACACAAAAGGAUGGAACGAUACCUUCGUUCAAAACAAGACAUAAUGACCCCUAUCAGUAUCAAGCCGGGUUUGGCAAUACAUUUGAAUCUGAAGCAGUUCCUGGCACCAUUCCACAUGGCCAGAAUAAUCCUCGUGUUGUCCGUUUUGGAUUGUAUGCAGAACAGAUCACUGCUACUGCCUUUGUGGCCCCGCGACAUUCCAACAAGAAGGCAUGGCUUUAUCGCGCCCGCCCAGCAGUCGCACAUCAGGGUUUUGCUGAAAUGCCAGAUAACAAAGAUACCGAAUCAAACUUUCUUCCUCUGAACCCACGAGUUCAUGUCUCUCCAACACAGCUAGCGUGGCACCCCUUUGAUAUCCCCGACAGCGAAGAAACUGACUUCGUGUCCGGCCUGAAAACCGUUGCUGGCUCAGGAGACCCCACUCUGCGUGAGGGUAUUGCUACUCACGUCUAUGUUGCCAAUACCAGUAUGACAAAAAAGGCUUUCGUGAACUCGGAUGGCGAAUUCUUGAUCGUACCCCAACAGGGUGCACUCGAUAUUCAGACUGAAUUCGGUAAAAUCUUUGUUCAGCCCGGAGAGCUUGUGGUCAUUCAGCGUGGUCUCCGAUUUCGUGUGGAUCUACCUGAUGGGCCCUCUCGCGGAUACAUUCUCGAAGUUUGGGGAACGUGCUUCGAACUUCCAGAGUUGGGUCCUCUGGGUGCUAACGGUCUGGCUAAUGCGAGAGACUUCCUGAGCCCUGUGGCUCAUUAUGAGAUUGCCCAGGAGCCAUGGGAGAUUGUGUAUAAGCUUGGUGGGAAGUUUUUCAAAAGUACUCAAAACCAUAAUCCAUUCGAUGUGGUCGCAUGGCAUGGAAACUACGUCCCUUAUAAAUACGAUCUGACCAAAUUUGUGAACGUCGGUUCUAUUUCUGUGGAUCAUAUCGAUCCCUCUAUUUUCUGCGUCCUUACAGCUAAGUCGCGGGAUCUACAUGCUCCAUUAGCCGACUUCCUUACCUUCUCUCCCAGGUGGGACGUUGCAUCCCACACCUACCGGCCACCUUACUAUCACCGUAAUGCCGCCUCUGAAUUGAUGGGUCUAAUCUAUGGCGAUUAUGGAGGUCGAUCGGAUGCCUUCAAGCCAGGCAGUGUAUCAUUUGAAUGUGGAAUGGUCCCUCAUGGUGUUGCAUACGAGGAGUUCAGCGCUGCCAGUGAAAAUUCACCUCCUGUUAUGCAAAUAUCUUCGGCCUCCAUUGCCUUUAUGUUCGAGUCGUGUCGCCCAUUCACCAUCACGGAUUAUGCGUGGAACAGCACAAAGAAGCACGAACACGAGCCUAAGAUGUGGGACAGCUUAGUGGAUAACUUUUCCAAGCAUGUGGAAGAAGUCCAGGCUAUUCUAGCUAACAAAGCGAAGGCCCUUUCUAUAUCAUGA